AAACGUAUUUUUCCUCACGAGAUUAAUGUAUUGGUGAACAACUAACAUUCAACGAUGCACGGAAUAUGCCUUUGAGCACUUGUCUUGUAUUCUCUGGAGGAGCGAGAACGCGUGGCGCGGGCGACUACGAUCGGUUGCGUUAAGAUUGGAUCGGUGAGAUAGAAAGGAGAGAGAGAGAGAGAGAGAGAGAGAGGAGGGAGAGUAAUAGAGUGAGAGAGAGUGGAAUUUUAGAGACAUCCGGAAGAGCCUCCCGAGCGCGCGUGCACCACAAUGUCUAUUCUAACAUGCGAGAGGACGGAUACAACAAUCGUGUUUCUCGUAUGUUAAGUUGUCAUAAUAAUGGCAGAUAAUGUACACAGAAAAUCGCACAGGCCGUCAGAUGGUAGUAGGAAAAUACCGAAUCCCGUGCACCGCACGACUACAGAGACGAUUCGUUUGGGCGAGAUAGACAGACAUCAUCACCAGCCGGUUAAUCUGAUCGCACCGAACAGCGUGCAAACCGCGAGUGGCAAUCAGUGCAAUCGGAAAAAAACGUCGUUCCAAAUAACUAGCGUUACCGUGGGCUCUCAUAUGAGCAAUGAUGCUGGCGAGGAUUCCAACGAUGACCUGGACGAGUCGCAUACGGAGGACAAUUCCGUGGAGCAUUCGCGCAUCACCGAUCUCGAUAUCGAGACACCGAGUUACUCCGAGGAUACGUUCUCCAAGGAGGAUGUAUUCUUCAAUACGAGCAACGCCGCCCUCAGCACGGCCCCGGUGAUUCCCACCAGUUCGCAAUAUGGCCUGGCUAUUGUACCCUCCGAAGGUGGCAAUGUUAAUAAUUCGGUCAACGAUAGCAAUAUCAAUACUCUGGACAUCACCGUUACCGACAAGAAUAUAAUCAAUUUACUGUCGAGUAAUGUCAAACAGGAUGCCGAUCUGCGCGAAGUCCACUCGCACGGUAGAAACGAGAGGUUUAAGGUAGUUAAGAUCGAGAGUACGGAGCCUUUCAAGAGAGGACGGUGGACUUGUAUGGAUUAUCUGGAUCAUACGUCUGUUAAUCAGCCGACAGCCAUCGGUACUCCAAAAGUGUCCGAUCCAAAUGAGGUGUGCAUAUCUUAUGGUGUAACCGAUAGUGGAAUUGUUGUACCGGAAGCUGCAAAACAAUCUAUAAUAGUGACUGAUGAUAAAGGAAUUAAUAUUGAUGCCAAUGGACCAGUAUCGUCUCACCCGGACACAAUGCAUUCGUCUAUCGCUGUGUCGAGUAAUCCUGGCCAAUCGGUACCAAGUGCAAACUACGCAGUAAAUAGUUCGAUACCUCCCAAUGUACAUAAUCCUACGCAAGUUCAAACCCAGGGUAAAGUACAGCAGUCUUCUGGACAGCAAAUCCCGCAAUAUUUUCAAUCUCAGACUCCAUCGAUAGCUACUCAACAGCAGCAGCAGCAACAGCAACAACAACAACAACAGCAGCAGCAGCAGCAGCAGCAACAACAGCCACCGCAAGGUGGUCAAGGUUCUACAUUACCUUCCAGUUUGCAGGCCACUCAUCCCAACAACUUGGGGCAACCUCAGAGUAUGCCUCAAGGUUCUAUCCCGCUUAUAACACAAACUAGCAAUAAUACAGUGACACCUCAGCCAAGUAUAUCUCACUCCAAGGAAGAGACUUAUGUAACAGUGAGCACACAGAAUCAAUCCUUGCCAGUUCAAAACGUCUGCCAGCCGACGGUACCGCAAACGUCAGUUCCAACUUCUCAAGCUCCAAACAUUCUCGUCACGCAGCAUCAGUCGGAAGCAGCUUCCUGUCAAUCCUUGCAGACACAGACACCACAGAUAACACAGAUUUCAGAGUCAUUGACUGCCAUACAGGGAAUACAGGGCAUGCAAAAUAUUCAUAAGGUUCCUCAGACAGCUGGAACGUCGCAGCAAACGUCAUCGACGAUCCAUUCUUCUGGAGCACCUGUACAAUCGCAAGUGAUUGCACCUUCGACGCAGCAGAUGCAACCGCAAACGUCCAAUAGUAAUGCUCCAGUUCAGAUUACACAAGUAACGGCUGGAUGUCAGAAUGUUGUGGGUGGCCUGCAACAGGGAAACAUUGCGUUUCAUCAGUCGGAUCCAGAGCAAGAAUCCAUCUCUGGCAUUGUUACUAAUACCGUUACUGUUCAAUCGGCUGAUGCGACUCUCUUAGAAUCGUCAUUGGCUGAAGUUACACAGGGCAGCGAUGAACAUCGUACUCUCGAAGAUAACGAAAGUAUGUCGGGAACGAGCGCUGUAGCAAUCGAUAAUAAGAUCGAGCAGGCUAUGGAUUUGGUCAAAAGUCAUUUAAUGUUUGCCGUACGAGAAGAAGUCGAGGUAUUGAAAGAGAAGAUAGCUGAACUUAUGGAUCGUAUCAAUCAAUUGGAAGCAGAAAAUUCGAUAUUAAAAGCACACGCGACUCCAGAAACUUUGACUCAAUUGAGUCAGUCAACAGCAAAAUUACCCCAAAACAGUUCAGGAAGUGGUCAAUAGUUUACCAUUUAGGAAAUAUAUUUAAAACCGUGAAUUUGAAUUUUUUUUCUUUCAAAAUGAUUUAUCAUUUUGAAAAUGUCUGAUUCUACACAGACUCUAGAUUAUUUAUCGAGGGUGCAUACCAAGAUUAAACAGCGUUAAUGUGAUAAAGUUGACAUUAUGUUUUAUAUUAAACACAUUUUCAAUAUUAUAAAAUAAUUAAAUUAACAAAAAGGAUAAUAGUAUGGCAGGAUAGGCAGCUGACAUUCCUAAAUUACUUUUCUCAUUAUUUUAAUAUCUAAUUAAUUUAAAGAUUUGAUCAGAUGUAAUUUAGCAUAAUUGGCAAAAUGAUUAAAGAAUUAAUGUUAUUUAAUUUAACAC